GGGCAACGUUCAGAGAAAGAACAUCCGGCAAAUGGCGCCAGCCUGAGAGGCCUGGAGGUGGUUGACAAGGCCAAAGCCAAGCUCGAGGCCGCCAAAUGCGCCCGAAGACCGUGUCAUGCGCCGACAUACUCGCGUUCGCAGCACGCGACAACGCCUCCAUCGUCGGAGGAAUUUCAUACUCCGUGCCGGCGGGGAGUCGCGACGGACGGAUUUCCCUGCUGUCCGAUGUCAACGAUAGCCUUCCUCGUCCUAUCCCCAACCCCGAAUUGCUCACUCGCAACUUCGCCCAGAAGGGCCUGUCCGCGACGGAGAUGGUGGCGCUGUCCAGAGCCCACUCCAUCGGAAUCUCCCACUGUACGAGCUUCCAGAAACGCCUCUGCUCCGGCACCGGAUCGCCUCGACGUUCAGUACUACAGGAAUCUGAACGUCGAGAUUCACCGUACUACGCUUCCUUUCUCAAGAGAAAGUGUCCCGAUUCGAAUCGUGAUGAUGUCUUCGGAUCAAAUAUUGGCAAGUAGCCCGUUAACUGCAAAGGCGGUGGCUAAAUAUGCCAGUAAUCCUGCUCUUUGGGUGGCGGACUAUGCGUCGGCGAUGAUGCGUGCGGUUGGGCACCAUUGAUGUGCUAACUGGAAAUCGAAGCGAUGUCAGAAAGAAUUGCCGGUUUGUCAAGUAGCUGCUAAUUAGGCGCGCGGCUGCAUGAA